AUGAAGUUGAGUGUUGGAAUAUUUUUUGGAGGCUUCUUUGGAGCUCUUGGGAUUUUGUUUUUUCUGGUUGCUUUUGGGACAGACUAUUGGCUUCUGGCUACAGAAGUUGGGAAGUGUUCUGAAGAUGUGAAUCGCACUAGGGAAGAGAUGAUUAUGUUCCACCAUGAGGGUUUCUUCUGGAGAUGCUGGUUUGAUGGGAAGAUUGAUGAGAAUCCUAGCAGUAUGUUGAAGUUUUGGUACACGAACCAGUCACCUUCUAAAAACUGCACCCAUGCUUAUCUCUCUCCAUUUCCUUUCUUAAGAGAUUCCCAUAACUCAACUACCUAUAAUUCUGCAAUUAUUUACCGUGGUUUCUGGUCAAUUUCCAUGCUCCUUGGAGUGGUCACUGUGGUGGUAGCUAGUUUCUUCAUCAUCUGUGCUGCACCUUUUGGUAGUCACAUCCUCUACAAAAUAGGAGGAGGUUUCUUCAUUGCUGCUGGCAUCCUAUUCUCCCUGGUGGUUGUACUAUAUGUUAUCUGGGUCCAAGCAGUGGCUGAUCUCAAAAACUAUGAAGCUCAGAAGAAAAUUGACUGUUCAAGUUAUUCCAUCUAUGUACGUUAUGGCUGGUCUUUUAUACUGGCUCCAGUUGGAAUAUUUUUUGCUAUGUUUUCUGGCAUGUUGUUCCUCCUGGUAGGACGUACAAUUUAUCUGCAUUCUGAUUAG